AUUAAUGAGGGGAUCAUUCGAAUGGUUUCGUUGAUGCUUGUGUCAAGUUUAUUAACAUAGGCUCACUUAACCAUGAGGAUGAUUGAGAGUAGGCUAGAAGAAUCCAGACACAAACUCAUGGAGACCAGCAACAAUAUAGAGAAAGCUGCUGCGUUUUGUUCGGAAAAAUACUUGGUAGUUGUUUCACUGCUGAUAACGUAUGAUAGGUUAACCCCGAAAGCAACACACUUGAUGAAAGUUUAGAGUUAGCAACGCAAUCUGUAUGCGCGGUAGCUCACGAGGUUAAUCGUUUCGCCAGUCAAUUUCUUGAAGCACUAGAGUACCAGUCGUAUCAAACUACUGAUUUGUCAGACAAAAUUUCCAAGCUGAAAAUGGUAUGCAAUAUUUACUUAGAGAAGGUGGCGCGCAAGGCUGUUGGGUCGUGCACAGUGUCGAGGGUUCCGAUUGUCUAUCAACAUGAGGCAGUGCUUCCUGAACCUCCACAAAAGUAUAUAAGACAACCAAUCAAUUUUUCAAUCUUGGACAACGUUGGUCAUGGAAUACCCGCACAAGAUCCGGUUUCUAAUUAUUAUGGACAGUCAUUCAUUCAAGCUGCAACCCUUACACGACGAGGUAGUUCUUCAGUUAGUGGUCAACUUCCUGGACGACAGCAUAGUACGGUUGCCUGCCGCACAGUGAACUCAAAACCGUGUCUAGAGUACGCAGCACCCACAAAUAAUUUGAGACCGCAGGUUAGUACAGUUGGAAGGGCAACUGUUAUUUGCCGUGGUGGUGUGCUGCCACCUCAACAAUUCUUAAAUGCAUGUGGUUCUUUAGCGAUGCAACAUAUACCCGGUGCAAUCAAUUCGUCUGUUGGUAGCAUAUCAUCAAAUUAUGCUUCAAGUGCAGCUUUUUGUAUGAAUAAUCGUACUGUUAACCCUGAUAUUCUGUGUACGGCUAUGAGUAUUGCCCGGUCACGUAAAUCAAGUGGAUCUUCUGGUACAGGUUCAAAUGCUCCACAGUAUCACCAUGGUCAUUGUACGCCUGGUCAAGCCUAUAUCCAGUCCUCCAACAAUGAACAACUAAUGCAUACUUCACAUGUAACAUAUAAUAAGCCUACUGUCCAACCUCAGUAUAUGGCUUCACAAAUUUCUCAUGCUGUUGUUGGUGGGGCAUCGCAAUCUGCACACAACAAUAAGGAGGAACGUCAAUUACUCUCUGAUAGAAAUGAAGUAGUUGUAACCGGUCAAACACACCUGCUUCAAAGUCAACAACAGAAUAAGCGAAUAACUUCAGUACUAGCAACUGACUCCUCAGAAAUUCUCCACUCUCAGCAAUUACUGACCGAACAGCUACCACAAUACCAACAGAAUGUUCGGGACUCAGUGAUUUACCAAAAACAGUCAACAUUGGAAAUGGACAAAAAUAUAAAUAAGAUGGGUCAGUUAAAUAUUUCCAGUCAAGCAACUCCAAGCACGCAGUCGCAACACCAAACUUUAAAUGACAAAACAGCCGGUGAACCUGAUGAACACUUGACAAUACCACCUCCUGGCGCAUUUCGUUAUGAUAAUGAACGAGAACCUCAAGGUAAUCAAAUCAAAGGUCAAGAAGUAAAUUUUGGAGAUCCACUGGCUAUGCAGAAUAGUAGAUUAAUACCGAGACAGCCUACUGAUCCCGUAUGGGCACCUGAUUUCUAUAUUGAGAAAGUCAUAACAAUGUACGAGUACGUACGUGAUAAAGAUGAUGAGCUAACAUUUGUGGAGAACCAAAUAAUAUACGUUAUUAAGAAGAAUGAUGACGGUUGGUGGGAAGGAAUUAUGAAUGGCAAAACUGGGUUAUUCCCAGGAAAUUACGUGGAACCUUUCGAUACGGAAUGAUUAACCCUGAUAACGAAGACAACUUUGGUCAAGUAAACAAGCGCUUAUCUGUUUAAUUUAAUACAAAUACUUUUUAAUUUUUAAUGGUUAAUUUAUCCAACAAAUUAUAAUCAUCGUCAUCAU